ACGAGGCUAGUAUUAGUGAUUCAGUUGUGCCACGGGGGUGCAUUCGCUCGGUGGUGGCAACUCUUCUGUUUUAUUCUCUCUGAACAGUCAAGUAGGAUAGAAUGCUGAACUCGACUCCGCCGAUCGAUCGUCCCAGUUUGCAUUCUGGUACCAGAUACCUCAUUGCGCCGCGAGUACCCCACGGACUCGCGUCCGUAGUCGAGGGUCUUACUAGGGAGAUCCUGCGUCAUCAUCCUGAAGACAUAUAUGUUUUCGCGGCGCAUCAUUUUGAAAAGCUACUAAAAUUGCGGGAGCAGUAUCACGCCGAAGAAUACAGCGGCCGCGAAUUUGAUCAUGAAUUCGGUUACGAGUUUAAAUUGUGGCCCACCAAAAAAAUUAAAGAUAUCGGAAGAUCUUCAAAUAGUGAUUGGUCCUUGGAGAAGAAAAUCGAGAUCUUUGAGAGUCGCGGAAAGAUGCCUGCUGAAGUGGAAGAGAGCACGGAUGUUUCUACUGAUAGAGAAAAUCGAAAAACAUCGAAGCAAACAUGUUCAAAAAAUCUCUCAAUAACUACCAAAAAAACCUCGAAGAAAUCGAAAGACAACGAGACGACAUCGGAUAUUCGUGCGACGAGGAUCAUCUCGCAAAUGUCUGCUCUUCAUGGCAAAAAUAUCCAGACUAAGGAUAUUAAGCAGGAACUCAGAAGGAACAAAUUAAGCGGCGAAAAAGUGAAAACAAUCGAUACGGAAAAAGGGAUUCGAAAUGAGAGGCGAUGUAAAAUGAAGAUUUCUAAGACGAAUAAGGAUCCCGAAGAGGAGAUCGAACGUGCUACGACGACGACGACGAGCUCGAGUAGAACCUCCGCUCGGAGACCCUUGAGGAAAGUACGGCGAAUAGAGACUGAGUCCGAGACCGAGACGGAACGUGAAAUGAUGACCAAGACUGGACGUGAAAAUGGAUAUGAGAGAUCAAACAACAAGAACAACGGCGCGAGCAAUGAAACUAUCGCUGGAACCAGAAGCAAGGAAAAUAGAUCAAAAACGCUAUUCUCCGAACAUUCCUCUGAGAGGAAAGUGUCGUCGAGAGCGCUCAGCAUGGACCGUAUCCGGGCGUAUGUAUUACGUAAAUUCGCUAGCACUGCGAGUUUGGAAGUAUUGCGGUCGCCUACGUAUGUGGAACAGGUGCAGGAGGUGAUUGAUCGCGCGGCGCCAAUCAUUAAAGAGAAGUUGGAGGAGGUCAGAGUAUCGCGGGGAAAGCGUUCGAGAUCAGUUGAUCUCGCUUGGAACAAGGAUUCUUUUCGUCAGCGCAUUCGAGAUGGAAAAAAAGAUCGUGAUUAUGAAAAAGAAGAGAAAAGCAAAAGAAAAACUAGAAACGAAUUGCCAGAGCGAGAAAUCGACAUUAUUAAAAAGGAAGAGACGGAAAAUUCUUUCUUGGGAGACAAAAUGAUUUCAAAUGUGGAAAUAGAGGAAAAGAAAUCGAGAAGACGCAGCGUAGGAUCGGGCAAAAAAACGAGAAGAUGCGAGAAUGGCGAUCAUAGUGAUGUCGGAGUCAUAGAUCAAGUUGACAACAAGCACAUUGAUAAAUUGGAACAUGAAUCCGAUACGACACAUAUCUUGGAAGCAAAACUGACUGCCACGCAGAACAUUUUGGAAGAUAUCUCGAAGUCCUCAUAUGACUUGGGCGGAAUUCGCAAGAACGAUUCUGCGGGAAGUGAACUGCUGGAAUCAGAGAUCUCUGAUCACGCGAACAUUGUCUCCUUGCCAAUCGUAAGACCGCCAUCCUCUAGAAAUUCCAGGAGUGCCAUUAAAAAUGGUUUGGAUAGUUUGACUCUGCCGCCUAUUUCUCCGGAAGUUCCCAAGUCAAUGAAGAAAAAGGACGAGCUAUCCUUGCCAAUUUUGCCAGUGAUGACUAACAGUGACAAUCAUUCCACUAGAAAAUCACAGGAUGGUGAGGAAUCCUCAACAAUGCAUGACAUUACGAAUGACACAGAAGAUGAAGCUAUCAUUUCUAAAGACAAUUAUGAAGAAGUGAUUGUAGAUGCAAAACAGAACCCUGAUAGUGAUCUAAUAUCAAGUCUAGCAUCAGAUAUAAGAUUUAAUGAUGCAGAAAAACGUGAAAAAGACAAAAAUAUGGACGCUCUUCUGGAAAAUAAUCCGGAACAUUUUACUGAAAAACGUGGAAGUCUCGAGGAAUUUGAAGAAUUGGAAAGAAAGAAGAUGGAAGAAAUCUUCAAAGACAGUUUAAAUGUUACGCCAGAAGUAAAUGUGUCGCCGAGACCAGAUUCGCUAGAACCCAAUGAGGAAAAGAGAUUUCAAAACAAUGAUGUGGAUUUUGCGCAAGUCAACACGUUCGAGGAGCUGAAGGAUAAAUUGAUUCAGAUCGAGAUAGCAGAACGAAAUAUUGAGAUAGCAUUGGCUGGCCAACUCACGAUGCAUGGCGAAGAAAUGAGCCAAGUGGAAAAGUCGAUGAUUGACAGGAAGAUAAAUGACUUAGAAAAGUCGAUGAUUGACAGGAAGAUAAAUGACUUAGAAAAGUCGACUAAUGAGGUAGAAGAAAUUAUGAGUGAAGUAGAAGAGUCAGCGAAUGCGGUAAAAAUAUCAAUGAAUAAAAACGACGAAAGAAAAAAAAGAGAUGAAGAGGAAAAGAAUGUAAAUGAAAUAGUAAAAGUAAAAGAUGUAAUAGAAAUAUCGAUGAAUCAAAAAGAAAACUUAUCCAAUAAAACAGAAAAAUCGAAGACUAAAAAGAAAAUAGAAAGAUCAUCAAAUGAAAUAGAAGAUAUGACAAAUGAAGCAAAAACAUCAGUAAAUGAGAGUAAAAAAUCAACGAAUAAAACAAAAAUAUUAAAGAAUGAAGUAGAAAAGACAACAAAUGACAUGGAAAUAUUAAUAAAAGCAACAAAAGAAGCGAUAAAAGUAUCUGAAGACGAAAAAUCAAUGGAUAAAACUGAAAAAUUGAACGAAAAGUUGCCUAUUGACGUCGAAAAAUUAACAGUCAAAAUUCAUAUUGAAGAUGUACAGUCUAUAAAUCCAAAAUCACAAAACAAAAAUGAUCAAAUUACUCAAGUAGCUAUUUGUGAAGCAGACGAUGAUAACGUAAUGACGUCCAAGAAUAAAACUGAUAAUACAGUAAAUAAAUUUUCCAAAAUUACAAUUUGUGGAAAUCUUGCGAAUAAAAGCGAAAUCUCAACAAUAAAUCUUUCGGACGAGAAUACUAAGAUGAAAGAGCAAAAAAAACUCGAAAUCGACACGUUACCAGCAGCGACGUCACUCUCUUUGGAACUUCCGUUCUCAUACGUUCUGAGCGAAGGUUCUCCCUGCGAAAUUCCCGAUUCCGUGACAACUGUGAUUAUUCCGGACAGACAUUACCCAUCUCCCGUGACUCUAGAGGACGAAAAUUAUCAGCUCAGAUCAAUGAGCCAAAAAGAAGAAUCAUUUAUCCGUUCCGAUAUCAUUAAAAAAAGGGAAACACACGAAAAUGAACACAGUAUGGAAAUUUUCGGUGAAUAUAUCCGACCGGAAAUUUCUGUUUUGCCUAUCGAUAUCGAUUUCAUGCGUGGUACGAGAGGUAUAAAAUCGAAUCAGAUAGUAAUUGCUCAUCAGGAUUUAGACAGGAUCAAAGAAGAAGGUGAAGAAGAAGAGAAAAAAGGCGCUGAAAAAGAAAAGAUAGAGAGUCCUCGAGAGCAGAAAGAUGAUAAACAGCCGGUUAUAUAUGAAAAAGUAAUGAAACUUGCGAUUUUGGAAGAGAACGUGGAACACGAGGAGCAUGAAACAACUAGCGCGAAAAUGACUUUCAAAUCCAAGGAUGUUGAGGAGAUUUCUGAAGUUCCCGAGUAUAAAUCUUUGCCUGAUACUGUAGAAUUAAUAGCAGAUAAUGACUUGACAGACGAAGAAAAUAUAAACCUUAUGAUAGAGUUCCAGAACGCUAUAGAAAACUCAUCGGAAGAUAACGGAAGCACGCAGGACACCCGCACAAUCACAUCGAGCGACGUGAAAGAGAGUACCGCGAGCAAUCGUUCUAUCGAGAGUCCUAGUCUGGAUAGACCAAUAGUGCCAGAAUUGAAUCUUGACUCUCUUCAGGAUAACACAAUAUCGUCCUUCAAAAUGACGGUGAAUGGAACAAUGACGAAAGAGGACAACGAUAGUCCUAGGGAUAGUGACACUACGACGUCGUUGAUUGAGCCAUUGAUUUCAGACGAAAGAUUGAACCAGCAGACUUUAGCUAAUCCCGAAAAAAAUGUUACUGUCAAAGAGCUUGCAGAAAGUUUAUCAAGACAUCUGCAGUCGGAAAUUCCAGAGGCCGAUCAAUUAUAUCGAGCGGAACAUGCGGAAUAUGAAUGGCUGGAGAAAGAUCUGUUGUCUUGGGAAACCAAUUUAGAAGACGAACUGAAAUCUCAGGAAAACAAUAUGGUUUUACCGGAAGAUGUUGUUCUAAUUGAUCCACUUUUACGGGAUGAGGAGAUGGAAAAUAAAUUAAAAAAUGAGGAAGAGAUUGCGAAAGAAUUGAUAAGCUCGCUGGAAGAAGAUAUGCAACUUUACGCUAAAGAAUUAGUGUUAGAAGAAAAAUCUAAAAAUACUAGAGAACCUGAGACGAGCAGUGUGAAUGAUAAAUCUAAUCGAUCUUCGUCGGAAUCUGUUGAUAAACAGGAAAAAAAAGAAAAUAAAAUUUCUUUGGGCGAAAUGCAAACAGUAGAUAAAGAUGCAAAGACUGAAGUAAUUAAUGAGUUAUCUAGCCAGAUGAUGGUUAUCAAACAAGAUCAUAAAGAUAAGAACACUGCAAUAGACAAUAAACCUGAAGAAAUUAAAUUGGAAAUGAAAGAGAAAAAAUGUGUAAAAAUUAGGCAUGUUGCGCCCUUAGCACAAUUUGAACAGGACGAAUUACUAGAACUUAAUGAUACACAAACAGCAGAAAAGGAUGAGAACAAGAUUAUAGUUGAAAGUAAAUUUGAUGUUAUUGAUAUGAUUUCUACCAAUAACAAGGAAAAUCUUAAAGAUAAGCAAACAAGCGUUGAAGAAGUUACAGAGAACCAAAGUAACGAAAAUACAGAUAAAAUUGAAGAAUUACAUGAACAACAAAAAGAAAAUGAAGAAAAUAUAAAAGGUAGAACAAUAGAAAAAGAUGAGGAAAACAUUACAGUUGAAAGUAAGCUUGAUAUUAAUGAUAUGGAUUCCACCAAUAAUCAGGAAAAUUUUGAAGACAAGCAAACAAGCGUUGAACAAGUUACAGAGAACCAAAGUAACGAAAGUACAGAUAAAAUUGAAGAAUUACAUGAACAACAAAAAGAAAAUGAAGAAAAUAUAAAAGGUAGAACAAUAGAAAAAGAUGAGGAAAAGAUUACAGUUGAAAGUAAGCUUGAUAUUAAUGAUAUGGUUUCCACCAAUAAUCAGGAAAAUUUUGAAGACAAACAAAUAAGCGUUGAAGAAAUUACAGAGAGCCAAAGUAACGAAAGUACGAAUAAAAUUGAAGAAUUAUAUGAACAACAAAAAGAAAGUGAAAAAAAUAUAAAAGAUAGAACAAUAGAGAAGGAUGAAGAGAAUAUUGCAGUCAAAAGUAAGCUUAAUAUUAUUGAUAUGAUUUCUACCAAUAAUCAGGAAAACCUUGAAGAGAAGCAAACAAGCAUUGAAGAAGUUAUAGAAAGCCAAAAUAACGAAAGUACAAAUAAAAUUGAAGAAUUGCAUGAACAACAAGAAAGUAAAGAAAGUAAAGAAGAUAUAAAAGAUAGAACAAUAGAGAAAGAUGAGGAGAAGAUUACAUUCGAAAGUAAGCUUGAUAGUAUUGAUAUAGUUUCUAUCAAUAAUCAGAAAAAUUUUGAAGACAAGCAAACAAGCGUUGAAGAAAUUACAGAGAACCAAAGUAACGAAAGUAUAAAUAAAAUUGAAGGACAACAUGGACAACAAAAAAUAAGUGAAAAAAACAUACAAGAUAAGGAAGAAUGUGAGCAAGAGAGAUUAAAAAUUAAGGAAAAACGAGAACAAAAAAGAUUAGAAGUACAUAAAGAAUGUCAGCGAGAAAAAUCGGAGAAAUACACGAAAGAAGAUCGAAAAAUCCAAGAAAAAGAUGAUUACAAAAAUUUACAAUUACAGGAAAAAAAUGUGGAUAUGAAAACAGUGCCUUUGGAAGCAAAAGAAUUAAGAAAAGGAUUGAUGAAUGAAUCGACAAAUGACGAUGAUGAAAAUGGAAAGACUAACGAUAAGCUAAUUACUUGCGAUGAAUUCGUUACUGAGAAUAGAAAGAGGAUAGAAAAAGAUGUGAAAAAUAACGAGAUAGAAAAACACGAAGAUCUUUUAACAAAAAUAGAAAAUGUUCACAAGCCAAUUGCAAGCGUAAUAUCGGAACAAUCGACGGAAAAUCAUUUUUGUAGUCGAUAUUGGAUUACGGAGACAAAAUCAUCGACCGUAGAGACUGUGAUUGAAACUUCUGAUUUUAACUCGAAUAUAAACGAGAGAAUAGAGCCUGCUGCUGAUGUGCCAGAAAUUAUCAAAGAUGAAUUGCUUAUUCAGAAGACAAACGAUUUUUAUUUAGCAGUUGUGAAAAUCCAAGCUUGUUUCCGAGGAUUUUUAACGCGUCGUCGUAUGAAAGAAGAUGUAAAUUCUAAACCUCUUUCAGACAAUGUUUCUUCGGCACAGAAAACAGAUACGAACAACCAUUUAACGAUGCCGCUUUCUUCAAGUUUGCGAGAAGCCAGAACUGGAAGGCAACGUCUUCGACGAGAGGAAGCUCUACGAAAUACUACUCUCUCAUUAGAGAAUGCUUUCGCUACAGGUAGACUUCAACAUACUGGCGAGUUUCACGAUUCUGUGCCAUUGCCUCUUUUCGAUUCAAUAUACUAUAAGGCUAAUUCAACGACGGAUGAAUUUUUGAAUAAAACAAUUCAGGAAGAUGUAGAACAAAUUAAUCAAUCUAAUACUACAAAAUUUAAUGCCAACACGAGCGAUUCCGUUCACGAUGACGAACACAAAGAAAUUAAAGAAGAGAGUUUUCAGAAAGGCAACGUCUUCACCGAUCAUUCAACUUUUCCAAUCGUGAUGCAUCUCUUAGCGGAUGCAUCUUGCAAUCGCCGCUUUACAGUCAGUCAGAACUUCCAUUCUGAUUUUGAUACAAACACUGGAGAAACGAAACCUAAGGAACCGACACUGACGGAUAUCUUGAUGCUGGGCUACCCCAGAGACGAUGAGAAUCGAUACUUAAAUUUCAUAACAAGUGUUGAGGAUCUGGGCUCUAACAUAGAUUUUUUAUCUCUAGAUGACACAAUAAAGUACUCGAAAAAUGCCAACGACGCUCAUCCUUUAACAACUUCCGGCGAGGAUAGCCUCAGGGAACCUCUGGCUCUUCCAGGCACUCCUCAGAAUAUCGUUAUCGAGGAGGUGACUAGUCUGGACGCUGAAUUUGUCCCAUUGAAGUCCGCGACAAAAUUGUCGACCGCGUCGAAAACCUCGCUAGAUACAAAUAGCUCGGUGCCAUCGGAGGAAUAUACCCUCGAAGAUGAAAAGAAAGAUUUAGGAACGUCACCAAGAAUCAUGGAGGAAAUGGGAGACCGAAAACAUAUGGACGAAAGAAUUGAAAGACAAAAGUCUGAUUGCAACCUUGAGAGCAUUCCAGAAAACGAUUCGCAUAACGAAGAUGUAAAAAAGGAAUCUAGCGAAGUCUCUUGCGACAAUCACGAGCGCGUGGAAGAAGAAAAGAACGAAAAGAUGUGAUUAAAUAUAUGAAGAUAUAUGGAGUGAAUCAAAGCACAGCAUGAUUAGUUCCUUCAAUUAAGAUCGUCGCUUGUGUGAGAUAAUAAUUAUUGCUAUACUUUCACUCUGCAUGCAUUUUAGAAUAAUUUUGCAAGGAGAUAUUAUUAUAUCACAUUAUUCUUAACUUUUAUAAUUUAAAGUUUAACUUUUAAUUUGAAUCUCUAAUUUUGAAUUUAUAUAUGUAGAUAUAUGUAGAUAUAUGAAUAAUAUGAGUAGAGUAAUAUGAAUAUUUCUCAGGAAUAGUUUAAAGCAUAUAUUAUACAUGCCGUGCAAUUACCAAUAUAUACAUAGAAGAUACAAUGAGUUUUAGAUUUGCAAUUAUAGUACACAAUACAAGCGAACGAUCUCUUAUCACUUUUACUAUAUACAUAGUUUGGAGAUACACAUAUAUCUUUGUAAAUGCUGCACAGAGCAGUAAUAAAUUGUUAUAAUAGUGAUAAAUUAAAAUUUGUUUUUAUUUU